AUGUCGCAAGCGCAGACGAAGCCCAAUGCACCCAUCAACGUCAAGCUGCUCCUCAUCGGGAACUCGUCCGUCGGGAAGAGCAGUCUCCUGCUCCGCUUCUCGGACGAGCAGUGGCUCCCCGAGGACGAGUCGAGCGCGACGAUUGGCGUCGACUUUCGAGUGCACAAGAUGGAGGUGAAGGGGAAGAAGGUCAAGCUCAGCAUAUGGGACACGGCGGGGCAGGAGCGCUUCCGGACGAUCACGUCCUCGUACUACCGCGGCGCGCAGGGCGUCAUCCUCGUCUACGACGUCGCGAACAAGGAGUCGUUCGACGCGCUCCCGAAGUGGUUCGCGGAGCUCGAGACGUACGUCUCCAGCGCGGUCGUCAAGAUCAUCGUCGGCAACAAGGUCGACAAGGAGUUCUCGCGCCAGGUGCCGGCGAGCGAGGGCCAGGCGUUCGCGACGCGGAUGGGCGCGCUGUUCGUCGAGGCGUCGGCCAAGACCGCGGUCGGCGUCGCGGACGCGUUCCGGGACGUCGUCGAGCGCAUCCUGGACACGCCCGAGCUCUGGGCCGCGCCCGGGCUCGCGCGCAAGGGCAGCAGCGCCGGGGCGGGGCGGAACGCGACGGCGGCGGCGGAGCGGGCGAUGCCGGGGAGUAUCGACCUCAGCAAGGAGCCGGACGAGGCGGAGGGCGGCGGGUGCGCGUGCUAG